GGUUUUGAAUUUUUUAGAUAUUUUCGUCCAGAAAUAUUUCAUGCGUCGAUUUUUCCAAGGCAUGAGCGUACGCUAAUCACGUAACUUUCAAUUUCUUAUUUUACGCAAAUAUCCGGAUCAGUUUCAAGAUUUGAUUAGCCAUGUACGCACCUACAUAUGCAGUCUUGUUUGCGUCAGCAUUAAUUGCUGGCGUACGGUGUACAGAUCUAGACUUGAAGGAGAUGGAAUCAGACCCUAGAGUGUUCUACACAAACUAUACUUCAUCUUUAGUUCAAGUAAACGGAACCUUAUUACUCUACGGCGGAAUUAUUGUUAUUGUCGGAGCAGCCAUAGGACUAGGAGCAUAUUUGCUGUUUACCUCAUCUACCCGGAGAAACGGAAACUACUACGGAAGCUACUACGGAGAUGAGACCGAUGCAUACUCGGAUUACAGAGGAUUUUUUGAUAACACAGAUUUCAAUCUGCUUGGUCUGAUUACCACCGCCCUGGAAACCUACAGAAGUUUGAACGAAGACGAUAGAUUGUUUGAUUAAUUGAUUGGUUGAUUGGGAAGGGAAGUUUAUGUGUAUUUAGUAUGUAGGGUAAAUUGUUAAAUAAAUUGUUAAAACAGGA